CAUUACAGUUAUGUAAAGCACACUUAUUGUGUAGUAAACAUACCUUUAGCGCUUUCAAUUGGCAUUUGAAUUGAGUUUUCAUUGAAAUAAACGUCUGUUUAAUGGAAAGUGAUAUCAAAUAAAGUGAUCGACAAGAAGACAAUUACAAGAAGUUUGGGGUCAACUCACCAGCGGAUCCCAUAUUGCGAGUGGAGGGUCCUGUCAUCGCCCACUCCUACUGACGACAUCACCGCCAACUGUCACCACCAGUAGAUCCCAUACACCGUAGCCAUGGCUCACAGAUCACACACCGAGACCUUCGUACUCAUGAGGAAUAACGCCACCAAAAAGAGAUACUUUUACAAAGAGUUCGAGACGGACGACGAGAGAGCAAACCUCGUGAACGGCAAGUCUGACGCCAACGACAUCGAGUUGACCCAUACGGGCGACGACCCCUCCAUGGACUCAGCGGUUCCCGAGUGGGUCUCCAAUGUCGACGAGUUUCGCUACGAAUGCCUUAAAAUCAAUACUAAGCGUAUGUACUCUCCCCUUCCCCUAACAGCCUGUCCCCUAACCUCUCUGUCUGUCCAUCCGGUUGCCUCAUUAGUGGAUCAGCUGAACGCCAUUCAGAGGGAGCACCUGAAGAGUAAGAGCGCCUCCAUAUUCAGCGAAGACAGCGAGUCGGCCGCCAAUCAGAGCUAUGAAAUCGAGAUUGAGUUCAAGUGUCAAGAGAUCAACAAACUGUUCAAUCGAUUGCAUUCACUCCUGAGUGCUAUGCAAGUGAUGUCGCGCCUACAGCCCGACUCACGGCUCGUGCGGAAUGUGUUUCAGUUUCAGUGCAAAGAGAUCCAGGAUUUGACGCAUAAGUACCGGUUCUGUCAAAACAAUUAUAUCAUUAAAUGCACGGAAAACGACAAAAUCGACGAACAGUUUGACUCGGAGCACCUGAGGGCCAGGGAUCAGGAGAUGACGGCAAUCGUGAAGUCCAUCUGCGAGUUGAACCAAAUAUUCCAAGACAUCAACACAUUGGUGGUCACUCAGGGCUCGGUGUUGGACCGCAUCGACUACAACGUGGAGACGGUUGAGCACCGGGUGGCCGACGGGGUGCUGGCGCUCAGUAAGGCCGAGAAAAGUAUGCGAAGUGCACGCAAACUGAAGUUGAUAUUGAUUUUGAGCGGUUUUGUGAUACUUUUGUUCAUCUGCACUGUCAGCCUCUCUAUGGCCCUCAUCAUCACCGGUGGUGGCAGUGGUGACAGGACUUCUCGAUACACACAAUACCUGAACGAUAAUCACCGGCCCAUCGACAGCACACACCAUACUGUCUGUGAGAGUGGAGUAGAUUUUUUCAGAGCUCAGGGGUUCUUCACCACAUCGAGAGGGGCCGACCCUCUCAUGUAA